AUGGCAGCGGAAGAGAAGAAAGCUUUCAGCCCGUUGUCGCAAAACUCGUCAAUGGACGAACAGACUUCUCCCUUCCUUGACAGUCCUACAGCCGAGGAAAUGGAUCACACCUACCAGCGAGAGCCAGCUUCAAUUCCACGUUGGGCUUUGUGUUUGAAUACUGGGCUAUUUGUUGCUUCUAUAGCCCUUUUCUUUGGGUCGGUGGUCAUGCAUUCGCUUGGCCCAACGGACCGAGAGUGCUCUACGAGAAUGGCUGCAUACUCACCGGUCAUGGAUGCCGUUGAAUAUGAAUGGGUCACUUUCGAAAACGAGUUCUCUACGGCGCCUACGAAAUACCGAGGAAAGCCGAAUGCUGGACUUGAACAGGCAUGGACGGAUUUGUGGAAAUAUGGGGCAUUUCCGGUUCCUAUUAAUAAAAUCGAGGCUCUGAAUCAGUCAAAGGACAUCGACUGGCGUCGUGUCAAUCCGGGGGUGCCUGAUAGUCCUACUGUCGGCUUACUGGAGGGGUUCCAUCAAAUCCAUUGCCUGAAUCUCAUUCGACAAUACACCUACAAAGAUGACUGGGACUACAGCAACGAGUCGUCCUGGCACGGUGGACCAGAAAUGGUGCGUUGGCACGUCGAUCAUUGCAUCGAGACAUUGCGGAUGAAUUUGAUGUGCACUGCGGAUGUUACUCCGUACCUCAUUUGGAACGAUCCGGAUGGCUUCGAUGGUGAAAGUCCCAGCUUCAACACUUUACACAAAUGUCGGAAGUGGGAGCCUAUUGUGGACUGGGUGAAGGAGCACGUGGUUUUUAAUGGCACGGCGCAGCAGAUGGCCAAGGAACAGGACAAGGCGAAAGGAAUGGCCGGCCACUCUGGACAUCAUGAGGAUAGCCAUAGCCAUAGCCAUAGUAUAUUCUAA